AAUCACAAAGCAAAGACCUAAACUUGCUCACGAAGAAAAAAAUCGAAAUCGAAAUCGAAACUCUCCGCCGAGUCAGAUCCAAUCGCAAACCGUCUCCAAUGGCUCUCGAGUGGGUUGUCCUAGGCUACGCGGCCGCCGCCGAAGCGAUCAUGGUCAUCCUCCUAACCAUGCCAGGACUCGACGCGCUCCGCAAAGGCUUGAUCGCCGUCACGCGCAACCUCCUGAAACCGUUUCUCUCGAUCAUCCCCUUCUGCCUCUUCCUCCUCAUGGACAUCUACUGGAAGUACGAGACCCGCCCCUCCUGCGACGGCGACUCGUGCACUCCCUCCGAGCACCUCCGCCACCAGAAGUCGAUCAUGAAGUCCCAGCGCAACGCGCUCCUGAUCGCGUCGGCGCUUGUUUUCUACUGGAUUUUGUACUCCGUUACGAAUCUUGUUGUGAGGAUCGAGCAGCUUAACCAGAGGGUUGAGAGGCUUAGGAAGAGAGAGUAAAGCGUCGUCGUUUCGGGCUCUGAUUUGGUGUUCUUUCUUUUCGAUGUUUGCUUUUUAUCUUGUGGAGAUUGUAAGGAUCUAUGCUAUAUAUCUCUUUAUGUUCUUAUACUUUAGUUCAAUCCUCUGUGUUUAGUCUAUGAAUCUUGUCAUAGUUUUCUCACUUGAUGAUAUACUUUGCUCUGUUAUCUUGGUUAGUUAUGAUGAAUCUGUUUACGACUA